AUGGAAAGUACGGCAAGGGAUAGGAAAAGGAGCAGCACUCUGAUGGCGACGGAAGAGGAGAAAUACGGACGCAAACAAGAACUUGGAAAAGUUAAAAUAAGGCAAGUCGAGACACUACAGCCGGUGGUCAAGGUCACGCGACUACAAAUUAAAGAGGCAAAGGACAACAAGGGGGAGACUGUAGACAAGGGGGAACAGGAGAAAGGAACGGGAGCAAAGCAGGAGGAGGAACAGAGGCUCAUACGCUUGAUUAAAGAAAUGAGGGCAAAUUUCGAAAAAGAUAAGGAGAUUAAAAACAAACGGAGAGAGGAGAAACAGGGGGACAAUGGGGAGAAGGGAAAUCGAGGCGAAAAUAGGGAAACUAGGGAAGGGAAGAAGCAGAGGAAAGAAGGAACGGGAUGGGAAGAAGGAAAGGGGGACAAGAAGGGAAGGAAAGGGGGGAACAGGGGGGAAGAGGUCAUUUUGAUUAAAUACCCUAAAGAAGAGAUAGGAUAUUGGGGAGCGGUGAAGUGGCUGAAGACGGUAGUAGGGGAAUUUGCAGGGAAUUUUCAAGAAAUAAGGGACACGAGGAAAGGGGAUAUCCUCAUAGCAGUAAAGAACGGUAAGGGGGGAGAGAGUAGCAGGGAAUGCUCCAGGAAAAUAAAUAGGGAAGGCGAGGACCCGGAUCUGGAGAAAGAAGAACUGCUAAGAGCCUAUGGGGAGAGCAGAUUAGGAAAUUUUGUCGAAAAUGGGGACAUUAGAGUCAGGUGUAUAAAGGGACCGGAGGGCACGUGCCACAGGACCGCAUACUUGGAUUGCACUAGGGAAGCGGCCAAGGAGAUGGUGCAGGAAAAAGAAAUACGCACCAAGUGGCAGGAGCUAAGGCCCUAUUUUCCGAGGAGGAAACCCGAAGGUGAAGAUAGGAGAACGAAGAAGGGCGGAAAAGACGACGCGGGGGCCAGGAUGGAAGCGGGAAAAGAGGAUAAGGAGGUGGCGGAAAUGGAGCGAUGGGCUAAGCCAGGCACGAGUAAAGAGCCAUGGUAG